AUGGGGGGAAAAGAAAGGGUUAAAAAUGGCGGGAGAAAGGGCGGUGACGUCAUUGGGCCACGCCCCCCCCCCAGCCGGUCACGUGACGAUGAUGUCACACACACCCCCCCCGGGCUGAUCCACCUGCGGCGCCGCACGCCCGUCCCCGCCCUGCUGCUGACGUGCGCGUCCACGCUGCUGAUGCUGGUGACGGGCGAUAUUUACACGCUGAUUAAUUACGUGGGCUUCGUUAAUUACACGUGGUACGGCGUCACCGUGGCCGGGCUGCUGGUGCUGCGGCGGAGGGAGCCGGAGCUGCCCCGCCCCAUCAAGGUGCCCCUGGUGCUGCCGGCGCUGUUCCUGCUCUUCUGGGCGGGGCUCCUGCUCUUCUCCCUGUGGGCGGAGCCUGUGGUGUGCGGGGUGGGCGUGGCCAUCACCGCCACCGGGGCGCCCGUCUAUUGGCUGUGCCUGCGGAGGGGGCGGGGCCAGCGCGGGACACGCCCCCUGCAGGGGAUGAGGAGGAGGAUGG